UUUUCUUGUUAGUUUAUACGAGCUCUGUCAAAGCCGGGUACAGUUCGAAGGUGCGUGCCUUUUCAACAAGGUAUUUUUUUUUCAAAACGAGUGUUUAACGUACCUAACAAAAUGAAUCAUAGACAAAUUCGUAUUUUAAUUACCGUUCAUUUGUGUCUAACUUUGACCAUAUUGUGCGGAGUUUAUGGUCAACGUAUUGUAACGAUACAAUUAGAUGGAACCCAGUAUUAUGUUAGUAAAAUGAAUCCAUAUGCUUCGGAAUUGAAUUACUUCCUAGCGUACCAAUAUUGUAGAUCAAUUGGCUUGCAAUUAGUUUCAUUCGAGACAAAAGAAAAAGCGGAUUCCAUUACCGAGUAUUUGAAAAAUGCAGGAUAUAGUCAAUUUGAUUUUUGGACCUCUGGAAAUCACUUAGGAUCGAAUAUGCUCCUAUGGAUGUCAACCGGUAUGCCAUUUAACGCCACAUUUAAUUUUAUGCGAAAACAAGAAGGCGAAGAUCCUAAUGUACCAAGCGGCCCAAUGCCUAUGGGUAGGAAAAAAAGAGGUAAUAACGGCGUAACGAGCACCGGAUGCAUCGCGUUAAAAGCCAACUCUAUGGACUGGGAUACCGAAGACUGCACUAAAAUGAAAGAUUUCAUUUGCGAACAGACUAGAUGUUAUUUCUAUAAUUACGGAUCAAUUCCAGUUUCUACGUCUCAGGGACAUAAUAAACACGCGUACAGAGACUAUAGUACAGUAUCAUCUACCACGCAAGCAACACAAACGGUUCCUCAAUAUUUAGUUAGAAAUACGAGUCCUUCAUCAAUUAUUCUAUCUACAACAGUCGCAGCUCUAGAAACAACAACAGUCGAACAAAAAGCGGCAGAAACCGAGCCACCGAAUUUACCAUACAAUGAGUACAGCGAGAAUCUCAACAAUAAUCAUAACGAAGAAGUUAAAACCGCGCCUGCCGAGGAGGAGACGAACGAAAUUGAUCUCACUCAUGUAACCGAACCUCCGACCUCGGAGAUUUCUGGCUCCGGUACGACUUACAGAUACGACCGAACCACACCUGUACCAAUGGAAAACGAAAACGAUAAAGAAAUCAAUUUCUCAACUUCGAAUCGCAUCAGAUCAACGAAAAUCCUAGAACAAGAAAAUAACUCCGGAAGAAAUAUGCCAGAAAUGAGCGCCGAAUCUUUUCCUUGGGCUUGGGCUAAAAAUAUCUUACUCGAGAAACCAGUCAUGAAAAAAACCUCUCAAAAUUGAUUUCUGCCGCUUGAUUGUCUCGUCUCUUUAUUAACUUUCCAUUUAUACUUAAGUUUUUUUCUCAAAGAAAAACAAAAAAAACUUUAAAAGAACUGACUCCGUAUGACAAAUAUUUAAGUUUAGCCUAUGAUUUUUUUUCCUUUUUUAUAGGCUUAGUCUGUAGAUAUGUCUUUUUAUUUCCUUAAAUAUAUUUUCUAAAUAAUUCGAUAA